AUGGACGCCUUUACGGACAAGCAGCUCCAUUGCAGGCUCUUCAACGCUGACGUCAUCGCAGGAGCGGUAGCACAGGGUGUUGUGGUGGUCAGUCUUGCCAAUUUGCAUUGUAUCAUGCUUGGAGAAACGCAGCUGAUCCUGGAAUUGGUCCUGCACAUUUUGGCUCUAAGCCCACAGGGCAUGCUUUUGAAAUCAUCUUUGCGUAACGACACCGAGACGACAUCCUUGCGGCCAGCCUUGGAUGGACCCAACCUCGCGCUGUACAAGCCUGUCUUGGCGUCUUCCUUCCGGUCGGCCACAGAAUAUGCAGCUAAGGCUGUAGAUGGUGAUGGUGCAUCGCAGUGGGCCUCUUCCCCCUUGAGCUCGCAGUGGCUGUGGGUUGAUCUGCUUGGGCACCAUGACGUGCGCGUCGUCUCCAUCACUUGGGGUGAAGCAUCCGAGGCGAUGCUUCAAACCAGUUUCAAUGCCAUAGAUUGGACGGACGUUGCAAACCUUUCGCCACUUUCACCAUCCGAUCAGACCAUCACUGAGUUCAAUCCGCCCGUUCCAGCGCAGUGGGUGCGAGUGAUGUGCCAAGAGGCCUGCGCCAUAAUGGAACUUGGCGUCCAUGGUCACGUGCCUCACGUACCUCACGUGCCACGUGCGAACCUUGCCCUUUGGCAUCCAGUCCUGGGCUCUUCGCAAUCCGGCUUCGAGCAUGUUUCUCACAUGGUUGAUGGUAUCGAAGAGAGCCAGUGGCUUUCCGAUGUUGAGGCCGAACCCUGGGCCUGGGUUGAUCUGCUUGGGCCCCACGUUGUCGAGGAGGUUGAGGUGCUUUGGGGGGAGGAGUACGCGGAGCAGUACGCCCUGCAGACCAGCUUCACUGGCUUGGAUUGGCUUACCGUGGCGACGGACACGGGUGGCAAGGCGCAAGAGUGCGAACCAUGA